CCUAGUAGGCUUGCCCUAGUUUGAUGUUAGCCUUGUUAGACUUCCUCGUCGUCUUCUUCUACAGACAUGUUAUUUCGAUGUAGUCACUGAAAGUCUGCUCGUUACGCUGCCUUGAACAGAAACUAUGUUCUGUGACUGCUCGCUCGUUAUUUGUUAGGAGGUAAAUGCUGACUAAUAGCUCCGACAGUUUACUGUUCGUUAGCUAACUGCUAGCUAACAGCUAAUUCAGCCAUAGACAUGAAUUCGGACACCACUGAGCUAGCUAACGGUAAUGUAAAACGGUACAACAUUCGCAAAAUGAACAAAACUGUGAGUUUAAAUGCUGUAUCAUUAGCUUUAUGUUCAUGAUGGACUUCUGUAAAUAAGUAUAAGUUAUUUUGCUACUGAAUAUUUACACCAGACGAGUCAUAAGGUGUUUAAUGUAGAGCUGACCUGAAGUGCCCUCUGACCUGUCAUGAAAUAUGGGUCAACUGUCUAGCUUCAGUGUAGUUUUGCUCCUCCUCGCCUUUGUUUUGUCAAUAUGUGUGCACAUGAACCACUUGUAUAACCAUCAGGCCAUACUGGUUAGAUCAGUCUAUGAUGAGCCAAAUAAAACCAACGUACAUGAAAGGCUUGUUGACAAUAAUAAUAAUAAUACAACAAAGCCAGAAAACGCCCAAGAUGGUGAUGUUUCCAGAGACAUUAAAUGCACCAUGGCCCCAGAGAGUCGGUUUGACUGCGCUAGGGACCGGCUUCUGAGCCAGAGAGAGUGUGAAGAGAGGGGAUGCUGCUACGCCCCUCUGCCUGGUGCAAAAGGACCACCUUGGUGCUUCUACCCCAGUGUGUACCCUGGCUACAAAAUGGGUCCCCUCACACCCACCACACGGGGCCAGGCUGCCACCCUGACUCGUGCCACCCCCUCCUAUCUCCCCAGAGAUAUCUCCGCUCUGCGCCUAGAAGUCAUUGAGGAGGCUGCAGGCUGCUUACACCUCACUUUAAAGGAUCCAUCAUCUCAGCGAUAUGAAGUUAAGCUCCCAGGUGGUCUCCCUCGGAGCAAAGCUGACACUGUAGAUGCCCUCUAUACCACUGAGUACCAGUCUGACCCAUUUGGCUUCAUAGUGCGGCGGAAAUCUAAUUCAAGAGUGAUUAUGAACACCACGGUCGCUCCUCUGCUGUUUUCUGACCAGUACCUGCAGCUGUCCACCUCACUGGCCUCUUCCCUUGUGUCUGGCCUCGGGGAGCAUUACACCUCCCUCCUCCUGGAUCUGAACUGGACCUCUCUGACUCUGUGGAACAGAGACAUGGCUCCUCAUGCCGAUGCUAACCUCUAUGGCUCCCACCCGUUCUACAUUGUACAGGAGGAGGAUGGCCUGGCACAUGGAGUGUUCCUUCUCAGCAGCAAUGCAGUUGAGGUGAUGCUGCAGCCAACCCCUGCUCUCACCUGGGUGGCUAUCGGAGGAAUCCUGGACCUGUACGUUUUCAUGGGUCCUGACCCUCAAAGUGUUACACGGCAGUACCUGCAGGUCAUUGGAUAUCCUAUGAUGCCUCCCUAUUGGUCUCUGGGCUUUCAUCUGUGUCGCUGGGGUUACACCACCACUAAUACAACCCGCCGUGUGGCACAGCGCAUGCACGAUGCUAAAUUUCCUCUGGAUGUGCAGUGGAAUGAUCUGGACUAUGCAAAUAAGCGCAGGGUAUUCACCUUUGACCCCUGGCGAUUUGGGGACCUACCCGAGAUGGUGGAGGAGUUCCACAAGAGAGGCAUGAAGUACAUCCUCAUCCUGGACCCGGGGAUCAGCAGCACCAGCCCCCCUGGAACUUACCCUCCGUUUGAUGAUGGACUGAAACGCGAUGUUUUCAUUAAGAAUGCGACAGGACACAUCCUUAUAGGGAAGGUUUGGCCUGGACCGACAGCCUUCCCCGACUUCACCAACCCAGAGACUAGACAGUGGUGGGAGGACUGCAUCAGAGACUUUCAUUCUAAAGUGCCUGUGGAUGGUUUGUGGAUUGAUAUGAAUGAACCAGCCAGUUUUGUGCAAGGCUCAGUGGAGGGUUGUCCUGACGGUGAUCUUGAGCACCCGCCCUACACACCCAGGGUGGUUGGAGGUCAGUUGAACUCUGGAACUCUUUGUAUGUCGGCUCAGCAGAAGCUCUCCACUCACUACAACCUGCACAACAUGUACGGACUGACAGAAGCCUUCGCCACGCACAGCGCUCUUAUGAAAGUACGAGGGAAGAGACCCUUCGUCCUGUCUCGCUCCUCCUUCUCUGGCAUCGGACGCUUCUCUGGCGUGUGGACGGGAGACGUCAGGAGUGACUGGGAGCAGCUUCAAUACUCCAUCCCUGCGGUGCUGCAGUUCAGCCUGUUCGGGGUGCCUCUUGUGGGGGCGGACAUCUGUGGCUUUGGAGGCAACACCACCGAGGAGCUGUGUGUACGAUGGAUGCAGCUCGGGGCCUUCUACCCAUUUAUGAGAAAUCAUAAUGACCGGCAGAACGCUCCUCAGGAGCCCUAUAUAUUUGGGCAGAAGGCCCAGGCAGCCAUGCGGAGUGCAUUGAACCUUCGCUACUCUCUUCUUCCAUUCCUCUACACACUCCUCCAUCAUGCACACACUUCUGCUGACACGGUGGCCCGGCCUCUCUUCAUGGAGUUUCCCGCUGACCCAAACAGUCAGACCAUAGACCGACAGUUCCUGUGGGGGAGUUCACUUCUCAUCAGCCCAGUUUUAGAGCAAGGGGUGGAAGAGCUGGCUGCUUACCUGCCCCCUGGCACUUGGUACAGUGUACACAAUGGUCAGCCUUUCUACAGCAAGGGUCAGUACCUGCUCCUGCCCGCCUCUCUGGACACCAUCAACGUCCAUGUGAGGGAGGGACACAUUAUCCCCCAGCAGGAUCCAGCUUUGACGACCACAGCCUCACGCAGAAAUCCUUUCUUCCUGACGGUGGCACUGUCAGCAGGCGGCUGGGCCCGGGGCGACUUGUUCUGGGAUGACGGGGACAGUCUCGACACUUUUGAAAUGGGAAAUUAUUGUUACGUUAUCUUCAUUGCUGGACAGUCCCAGGUGGUGAGUGAUCCUCUCAGGCUGAAUGGUGCUCUUGACGGUCUGGUGCUGGGAGGGCUGCAGGUGUUUGGGGUGCCCUCGCCACCACUUUAUGUGUUAGCCAAUGGGGACAAAGUCAGGGAUUUCACAUACCGCAGUGACACCAAGGUCUUGACAGUGACCAGCCUGGCUUUGCCCAUGUCAGAGGUGUUUACAGUCCAAUGGGCUCUGUGAUGCACUGAACUUUAUUACCCAGGACCCUUUGGGAGCCUUUGGAUUGUUCACUGCUGAUGAUAAUUGCCAACUGAUUUUUCCUUGAGCCGUCCUAACCAUCCCAGGACUCAAGUCACACUUAGCGCUUGCUCUGCCUCUUUGUCCAAAUCAGAGAGUGGAUCUUUGUAAGCAGCAGAUUUUAUAAAAAAAAAGGUGGUGAUCACAAACAGAGGGAGACAAUAUCUUGAUGUAUUAUUUUUUUUCUUGCCAGGCCAUUUUUUGCUGCUAGCUGCUACACUAACUUGAGAAAACUUUGUAUUUUUGAAAUCAUGUUUAUGUGUCUUUGAUACCAAAGUGCAUUAUGUUGUGGAAUUUCGGCUCACUUGACCGUUCUGGAGGGAUGAAGAAGACUCGGUGACACCGAUAGCUUAGAUAUGAGGUAGUUUAUGAAGUGUGUGCUGCCAUGACAAUCCUAACCCGUCUUCCCCAAGUGUCCAAAUGAUAUGUUACAGCUCCAGGAGGCAGUGCUUCCAUACAUGGGUAUCUGUUUAAUAAAGUAGCAAGGGGGGUGAUACAGAAUCUCUCCCCUUUAGCCAGAGGACUAAGAGGUAAAGUAGGUCAGAGACACUUAGUCUGUAAACAUAGAUACACUGAGGGCCUCCUUACGAGGUCUAUGCAAGCAGUUAGCUUAGCCUUGGCUUGGUUCGUCAGAUAUCUGUUCUGUAGACAUAUCUACUGUAGCUUUGAGUAUCUAGGCGACAGAGACAGUGAGUCAACUCCUUACAAGCAAUUGUCACUAUCAAUAUCCAGACUUUAACGUCUGAACAAAACACACAUGACCUCCUAUUGUUUGGGGACAUACUGUCAUGGGAGAAUCAUAUUUCUUCCCCAACACAUUAUAAAUAAAAAUAAUGAAAACAGA